CUUCUACAGCAACAAAAGGACCAUUCUAAAAACUUUCUUGAGAUCUUCCUGUCGUCUUUGAGAGAUUCAAGAAGCCUUUACAGCGGGAGCAGAUUAUACACUACAAGAGAAAAAACAACACAUAACCGAAGAACGUCAUUACUGGAAUAAAGUCGGAAGACAUAAAAAACUAAGAAUGAAACUCUUCACAACAGUCAUUGCUGCCAUCGUAGUGGUCGCCUGUAUUUGCUUAUUAGGCGAUGCUGCUGUUCCUUUCUCUGAGGUGGAAACCGACGAGACUGGGGAGACCUGGAGACCCGCGACAGAAACGCAGGAGCUUGCAGUGACAUCACCAGAAGUCACAAAUCCCCUGGCCCUCUUCAGGACAAAACGUCAGAGUCACCUGUCUUUGUGCCGGUACUGCUGCAACUGCUGCCGCUACAAGGGAUGUGGCUACUGCUGCAAGUUCUGAGACCCGCGGGCAUUGAGGCGGCCGUCGAGACUUUACCGUCACGCACAAGGCUCAAUAACUUAUUGAUGCAGCUUCUUUCUAAAGCUACGGUGGAAUUCGAAGACGAAUGUGGGCAGCCAGAUCCUUUGAAAAGCCCCCACUGGAACCGACUGCUUUUUGACGGUUGUCAGUUCCUUUCAAAUUCGGCUCAGGAGUCUUUCCUAACCACUUGUCCCAGGAUCCUCCUUAUGGAACCUUUGCAGCCUACCUAACCUGAGUACACUCUUUUGGCACACUUGCAGCUCAUUUUCUUAACCUGGAGUCUAUAUGACAAAUUAUGAUGUCAUUCUUUGUUCACUAUUGGUGAAUCUUUUGUAAUAUUUAAAUUAUUUUGUACAUGACGUUUUUGUAUGUUAGGCUAUCUGUAAACUUUUCCCUGAAAUGGUUCAGUGUAAAUAGUUUAAUUAUUGCUUAUGUAUAAAUUAUGCAAACUAACUGAUCUUUUCUAAUAAACACAGUAUACAUCA